UCUCUUGACGUUGCCUCAGGACUACAACCCCCGUCUCGCCCCAGCGCCUUACCGUGCCGAGGACUACACUUCCCGGCGUACCCCGCUCCUCCGGGGACGGGGCGGGCGGGCGGGCGGCAGCCGCCCCGGGGCGGCCAUGAGCAGGCUGGCAGCCCGCCGCUAGGCCGCCGCCGCCAAGAUGGCGUCCGUGCUGCUCCGAGCCUGCGGCUGGCCGGCCUGCCGCCUACCGCGCUGCCGGGCCCCCAGGGGUAACUUGGGAGAUCGGGCAUGUCUAAGCUGUACAUCGCUGAGGUUGACAAACAAAAUGACUGUACACUUUAAAUAUUGCACUAGUGUCUCUCCUGUUUAUGCAUACUCCAAAAAAGACCAGUACUGUUGUUGGACUAGAGGAUCUGAACGAACGUACUUUACUCUUAUGAGCUCUUCUGGCUCAUGGAUGCCCCUAGCAGCCGUAGGUGUUUUAGGUCCCCAGUAUCUUCCAAUUAGAUGGUGGCAUUCUUCGCGUUCCCUUCAAGAUGACUCCAUAGUUGAAAAGUCGCUGAAGUCCUUAAAGGACAAAAACAAGAAGCUGGAAGAAGGAGGACCUAUAUAUAGUCCAACAGAAGUGGAAGUCGUGAAAAAAUCUAUUGGACAGAGGAUUGUGGAUGAGCUGAAGCAUUAUUACCAUGGCUUUCGGUUACUGUGGAUCGACACAAAAAUAGCUGCGAGGAUGCUCUGGAGAAUACUUCAUGGAAAUACGCUGUCACGUCGAGAACGGAGACAGUUUCUUCGAAUAUGUGCUGACCUCUUCCGCUUGGUUCCUUUCCUAGUUUUUCUCGUUGUCCCAUUUAUGGAAUUUUUACUUCCAGUAGCUCUUAAGUUGUUCCCUAAUAUGCUUCCUUCUACAUUUGAGACAAAGUCUAAAAAGGAGGAGAGAUUGAAGAAACAACUGAGAGUAAAGCUUGAAUUGGCUAAAUUCCUUCAAGACACGAUUGAGGAGAUGGCCUUAAAAAAUAAAGCAGCCAAAGGAAAUGUUACAAAAGAUUUUUCAACUUUCUUUCAAAAGAUCAGGGAAACUGGCGAAAGACCCAGUAAUGAAGAGAUCUUAAGGUUCUCAAAACUAUUUGAAGAUGAGUUGACACUGGACAAUCUGACCAGGCCUCAGCUGGUGGCACUUUGUAAAUUGCUGGAACUUCAGUCAAUUGGGACAAAUAACUUCCUCCGUUUCCAGUUGACUAUGAGGCUGAGAAGUAUAAAAGCAGAUGACAAACUGAUUGCUGAAGAAGGAGUUGAUACCCUGACUGUUAAAGAACUGCAGGCAGCCUGUCGUGCACGAGGAAUGAGAGCCCUUGGUGUGACAGAGGAGCGUCUCAAAGAACAGCUUAAACAGUGGCUAGAUCUGCACCUGAACCAGGAAAUCCCUACUUCACUGCUGAUUUUAUCCAGAGCCAUGUAUCUUCCAGACACCCUUUCUCCAGCUGAUCAGCUCAAAACAACACUUCAGACACUACCAGAGAGUGUUGCCAAAGAGGCUCAAGUCAAAGUGGCAGAAGUUGAAGGUGAAAAAAUAGAUAACAAAGCACGGCUAGAAGCAACGCUUCAGGAAGAAGAAGCCAUCAGGAAAGAAAAUGAAGAAAAAGAGUUGGAAAGAAUGUCUGAAGCGGCAGAGAAGGCCAAAGAAACCCUUCAAGUUGCAGCCAUGAAAGAGGUGGAAUCAGCAGCAGAUCUUGAACCAGCUGCUUUGCAAGCUAAGAAAAGUCAGAUGGGUAUGGAUGGCGAACAAGAACUGGCAAGGGCAGAUAUGGAGACCUUGAAAGAUACAGCACCCGUACUGGAAGGCAUUAAGGGUGAGGAAAUAACUAAGGAGGAGAUUGACAUGCUGAGUGAUGCUUGUAACAAGCUGCAGGAACAGAAGAAAUCACUGACAAAGGAAAAGGAGAAGCUUGAGGAAUUGAAGGGUGAUAUCCAGGAAUAUAAUGAGGAUUUGCAAGAAAUAAAGGAGCUCUCUAAGACUGGCCAGGAAGAGGUAGUGGAAGAGUCAAAGGCAAGCAAGCGAUUGACCAAAAGGGUGAACCGAAUGAUUGGUCAGAUAGACAAAAUUAUUAAUGAGUUGGAGACAAACCAAAAGACAGUGGAUGUAAAGGUGGAUGAUGGUGCUAGUCCUCCUGCUGGGGAGAAUCUCAUCAGUAUUGCUGAGCUAAUUAAUGCGAUGAAACAAAUCCAGAAGAUUCCAGAGGAGAAGCUAACUAGGAUUGCAGAGGCACUAGAUGAAAACAAGGAUGGCAAAAUUGAUAUAGAUAAUGUUGUUAAGGUAGUAGAAUUGAUUGACAAAGAAGAUAUUGAUAUUGGCACCAGCCAGGUCGCUGAGAUUAUGGCACUGCUUCAAAAAGAAGAAAAACUGGAAGAAAAAGAGAAAGCAAAGGAAAAGCAUGAUAAAGAAGCUGCAGAAAUAAAGAAUUAAGCUUCAGAAUCUGAAGCAAAGCCCAGUUGUAACCAAAACUGUGUUUAUCUUUGUGUCUAAUGGCUACGUAUUACUUGAGCUUUUGUGAUUAUGGAAAGUGUUUUAAGCUGAUUCUAGUAAUAAAUCGUAGAUACGUUUUCUGACAUAUGGAAUGAAAUUUCCGUUCAUCAGAGAAAUGAUUUACUGUCAUUCCAUACAGAUGAAAACAAAAUAUGCUUCUUCAGCAGUGUUCCUGCCCACAAAAUCAUGUAUUUGCACUCAUUGUUGUGGUACAGUGAUCCAUUAAACUUGCAAGUCUGCUGUAUAAAUUAAGUGUAUUGAUCAUGGAAAGAUGUUUUUCAUUUAUUUCCUUUCAUCGUUACAUGGGGCCCAACCUUGCUUUGCUUCUACCUUCUGGCUUUUUCAGAAUUUAAUACAAGCUUUCCCUUCAGUCACAAUACCACAUUUUUUGGUAACCUGUUGGUGAAGAUUCUGUGGCUUCAGUAGUAGCUCAUUAGGUUGAGCCUUACAUAAACUAAAUAUCACUAAGUUGUUGCCUCACUGACAGAGAAUGUGACAUUCUAAUCACUUGUAUGGAUUCAUGAUUUUUUUCCUGUUGAAGGGAAAAUCAGAUUUAUUUUUCCCUAGAACUGAAACUUCCCAUGAAGUUUGCUUCUUAUGGGUGCCUUAAAUUUCUUAAGACUAGGGAGUAGAUGUCACUUCUACUCAAACUUCCAUGAAUUAGUAAAGAAAGCAUUAGAAUCACAGGAGCCUUUUGAAUAGUUUCAGAACACAAUCUGUCACAGAGUAAAAUGAGAUAAAGUGUUUGUCUAAACAGCAAAAUGAAAUUAACUGUAAGGGAAAAAUGUCAGUUGUGAUCUUUUUGCAAAUAUUUUUUUAAAAAAGCAGUUACGAAGGUGUGUUGGUUGUUAUUCAUCUGGCAAUUACUUACCAUAACUAGUUCUGUUACCUCUCAAUUGUCAUCUCAGGUAUAAAUCACUAACCAGGUACAUUCGAAGUACUUAAAUACUUUCAUCUCAUGGCCUUGCUUACUGUGCAGUCAGCAAGUGAUGUCUGAUAUUGGCAGUGUUUUGAUUACAUCGGCUUCCUAAUUAAUUGAUUGCUGUCUUUGCGUUAUUAAAUACUGACAGUAAGUCAAGGUUUACUUAUUAAUGUCUGUCCAGAGUAGUAAAUUUUUAAGUUUCAAAAAUAAAAUACCAACUGUAGGAUGUUCGUAUUUCCUGGUAACCUGAAAUUUCCCUUGUUUCUUAAAAUUUCUGAUGAAAUACAAGAAGUAUGACUUGAACCAGCAGGGUUAUUUUUUUUCCUCAUUUUUCACCCGGUAUCACAAGAUACUCUUGAUUUUGUGUACAUUAUGAAGAGCACAUCUUAUGUCUCUGUACACAGCAAUAUUGAGGUGGGCAGUUAGUAGUAUUAAUGCUUUUAGUAGUAGUUGCAUAUUUUUAUAGAAAAUGUUGACUCCCAAAUGUAUUUCAGCAUAAUUCUAUGUUCAGUAUUUAUCUAGAUUGGCUAAAUUAUUUGUAAAAAUUCAUUUCAAGUUAGUGGAACAAAAAAGUUUGGACAGUCUCAUGGCUUGCAUAAUGGACCAUUGUAUUUAGUUGUUUCCAAAGCAAAGUGUACAGUAGGAUGUACAAUCCAAAUAAUUCUAGAAAAAGGGUCAGUGUUUAGUUUAAAUAUUAAGUUAAUAUUCUGUACAGUUUGAGAAGAAAGCUGCUUUUACAGUAGGUAACGUGACUGUUCCUCCUGAGAAUUGCUGUAAUUAUAUCUUAAGUGUAAAAUUGUUGUGACAAAGCUGAAAUUUCAAAUCAGUAUGGACUUUGCAAUUAACAUACCCAUAAAUGAGGGGGUUAUUCUCUUGUAAAUCGAGACUUACUUGGAGAUUUCAGCAUGAAAGUUAGUUUGUAAAUUUUGAAGAUAGGACUUCGCUGGAUGCUUUUUUAGACCCAAACUUGUCUUAGGUGAAAAAGCAAGAGUAACUUGACAAAAAAAUAAAAUUUUAAAACUAAUUUUACAUUGUAUUAAUAACAAUUAGAAUGAAUGGGCUUUUAUGUACCCUAAAUUUUGCAUUUGCAUAUCUUCAGUUUGAGAACAGCAUUUAGCAGUCUUACUUAACAUUCCUGAAAUGCGAUGAAGUUAUUAGGACUAAAAUGGUCUGCUAGCUUUCGUGCGAUAGCAAAAGCCUCAGCAUGAUGAGGACUCGAAUGCAUACAAGUUUAAAACAGGGAAGUAGCAGAAAAAGCUGUUUUCAAAGCUUUACGGAUUGAAGUUUUAUACAUCUUUAAUUCUCCUGACAGUACGUUAUCUGAUUGUAGUGUUCAGGAGUUUAAGACACAUUGCUGCUGUUCUUGGAUUGUGUGUUCACUGUUCACAUAAAUUGUCUAUGGAUUAAGUAAGAAGGGAGCCAAAAGUAGACGAUUCUUUUUUUAUUAAGAAUGUUCCAAUUGAGAUAAUUGUGGUAUGGUUAUUGAAGACUUUCAGCUUUUAGACUGGUUUGAAAUUUCAUCAUUGUAUAUGAUGAAAUUUUAAUGGUUUACAUAAAAAACACUUAAACGUAUGACUGUCACAAAUGUCAGUUUUCCCCUGUUACCUAAAGAGUUUAAGUGACAUACACAUCAGUAGCAAGGCAUUUCUGCGGGAAAUCUCUUUAUUCUGAUGUCAAAAGUAGGGAAGCCCAUGACAGCUGGACUUUAACAUGUUCUGCAAGCUCAGAAAGAUUGAGAAGCCCUCAGUGAUUGACGUUUACUCGGUUUCAAACCUUCACGAACAACUCUACAGGUGAUUCAGACAACACGAGCAGAUCGGUGGCUUGUGGACUAGCUCCAGAUAACACGCUUUGUUGUCUCUCAUGUUGACCAAAACCAGAAGCCACAGUACUUUCAGAGAAAGGAUGACUUCCAGGUGUACAGUAACCGGUCAGAACUUAUUCCUGAGUGAAUAUUUAAUCAGGAGAUGUAAAUAUUUGUUUAAAUAAUUAAAAGGACGCGUGGGAUUUGGGUGACCUUGUGACUUACACAGGCAAAGCCUCUACGCUCAGAGUUGGGUAAUCAAGCAGUAAAGCCGUUGUUGGGUUUGUUUCAGAUCCAUCUAAAAUAA